AUGGAGGAUCUCUCGAUAGAACGCCGGUUGUUGUCACGGUGUACGAGAUACGCUGAGGAUGAGGAUUCCAUCCAGGCAAUCUUGAACAGUCGAUACUCCUUGAAAGGAGACCAGAAGAACUAUUUGUCACUGAACCCUGCAAAAUCCGAUUAUCAGGUCGUGAAGCCAGAGGUUCUCAAAAAAAAAGACAAAGUUCUCCAGUUUGCAGAUGUUGGAGAGGAACCCCCCAUACCGAGAUAUAGAACAUCACAGUCAGGAUCAGAAAACAAAUACUCCAAAUGGAAAACGCGAAAUGAGUUUAAACAGUUCAUAAACUCAAACCUAAAGCUCCAGAGAUUAGCGCGCAAGAACGUUAGCAAAGCCAAAGCCUCCAGAAGUGCACAGGGAAACGAUCUCAACAUUGUCAACCGCAAGGCGUUCCAGAAACUGCUUAAAAUCGAGGAUUUCACUGCAAUCAACAAAUUGUGGAAAACCUACGUCAAUGACUUUCUGGGGAAUGAUGAAAACACAACGUUGACCACAAUGGGCUCAAAAUUAUCCACAGCCGAGUUUGUGGGCGCCUUCAUAGAGGUGGAGUAUAGCAAGUGCAUCUCCAACGUGGGGAUUCAGGGAAUCGUCAUAUGGGAGUCCCAGUUUAAUUUUAUCAUAGUCACGGGAAGAGGUAAGCUACACGGAUGGAAAGGCGAAUUGAAAUCCGUGGAGGCCCCUUCAUAUUCGUCUACAGAAGAGGUGGGCGGAUUAAGAGUCAUCAGCAAGAGAAACACGCGGUUCUUGAUCCGAAUUCCUGUCCCAAACGACCCUGAAAACGAAUAUCAAGUUCUACUAAACGGGAACAGAAUACAAUACAGAGGCUAUGAGCGCGCCAAUAGAAAGCUCAAGAAUCACGCGGUGAGCGAUCUGAUAUGA